CUAAAAAAUAAAUUAAAAUCAUGAAAUUCACCACAGUAAUCCUUAUUAUGGCAAUUGUCCUGCCGUGCUUGUUUUAUAAGGAAAUGGAAGCUAAUUUUGUUUGCCCACCUGGACAGACCUUCCAAACAUGUGCUUCCAGCUGCCCAAAGACCUGUGAAACAAGAAAUAAACUUGUGCUCUGUGAUAAGAAGUGCAAUCAAAGAUGUGGCUGUAUCUCCGGAACUGUGCUGAAAUCAAAGGAUUCAUCUGAAUGUGUGCACCCCAGUAAAUGUUAAUUACAGACAAAAUUGUUAAUAAAUUAGCACUUUUGAUGGUGCCCUAAGAAUAAA